CUUAAGACAGAACACAAAGAUAAAAAGAGAAACCCUUGUUCCAAUAAAAUAAAAAGAAGUGACACAUCGCGUCUCUUAAAUUUUAAUAGACGACGACGGCCACUUCUUGUCCGAAUCGUACGUCAAUUCUUCUUCCAUCUCUCUCGCACCAUAACAUUUAUUCUUCAGAUCACCAGCGACCGAGCGAAAGAAACGACACUUCUUCGCCGUUUUCGUCCACAUGCAGUUUUGGGGAUAGCACGUUGUGAGUGAUUAAGCCCAACAGAUAAAGAGAAAGAUGAUGAUUAAGGUGAAGAAGGAGACGAUGAGGGCAUGCUUAAGCUGCUCUAUCUGCGACAAUAUCCUCCGUGACGCCACCACUAUCUCCGAGUGCCUCCACACAUGUCAGUUCCUCUUUUUAACCCACCAAAUGUUUCGAAAUUCGCUGACAUUGGCUUUGAUUUCUUCUCAAUUUGGAUGAUUAUAUUAUAGCUCUGUCUUCUUCGUCUCGUCCUAUAAUCGAUACAAUUGAAAAGUGGGUCAAUGAAUAGUUUUUGUUGACCAAAAAGAAUAUGCAAUUUUGACUGCUUCAAUCUCUCCUUCUUCGUCUUUCUAGUGAUAGUUGAUUCAGCAUUUUCAUGUAUAGUUUCCUUGUGGGUUUCAGCUUCUUACUUGUAUGCAAUUCAAUUUGAGUUUUUUCUUAUACCAAGUAUGAAAUUUGCUCACAUUUAUUAUAAGUCAUGUUGUUAGUUGCUAUCUACUGGAAUGGAAUAACUUUUUAGAUUACUUUCGUACGCAGUUUGUAGGAAAUGCAUCUAUGAGAAGAUCACGGAGGAUGAGAUAGAGACUUGUCCCGUAUGCAAUAUCGACCUCGGUAGCACCCCAUUGGAGAAGCUGAGGCCUGACCACAAUUUGCAAGACUUGAGGGCCAAAAUCUUUGCUCUAAAACGAAGAAAAGUGAAAGCUCCUGGAAUUGUGUCCUUACCAGGAAAGAGGAAGGAGAGAUCUAUAUCUUCUUUGGUUGUGAGCACACCUAUGGUGUCAGCACAAGCUGGAACAACGAGAAGAAGAACUAAAGCACCUACAAGAAAAGAGUUACGUAAUGGUUCUUUGGCUGAGAGAACUGUGAAGAAGGAAGAAUCUUCUGGGGAUGAGCUUCUGGAGAGCACAAGCUCACCCGACACUCUUAACAAAUUCACUCAGAAUAAAAGACAGUCAAAGAAGUCAUGUAAAGAGUCCAUCUCCAAUAAAGAAAACAAGGAUGGUGAUGAACCCUGGGAUUCCAAAAUGGAUUGGAAACCUUUGAACUUUCUGGUUGAAGUGGCAAAUGGGACAAAGCCCUUGAAGUCUUCUGCUUCUCAAGGGUCAGGUUCAAAAUCUGAGCACGCGAAUGUAUCUCGCAAUCAAUUUCAAGGGAGUAAAACCAAAACUAAGAAUAAAAAGAGAAAAUGUAAACGUGAGGAUGACAAGAGUAAUAAUGGUGAUCCUACAACAUCAGAAACUGUUACUCCUAAAAGAAUGCGUACAACUCAACGCAAAAGGUCUGCCACCACUUUAGGCGAUUCAAGGAAUUUGCCACAACCAGAUGAGUCAAGUGCAAAACAGGAGAGGAGAAAUGGUCCCGUUUGGUUCUCACUUGUGGCGUCCAAUGAUCAGGAAGGAGGAACUUCUUUACCUCAAAUUCCAGCAAAUUUUUUGAGAAUAAGGGAUGGAAAUACAACAGUUUCUUUCAUCCAAAAGUACCUCAUGAGGAAGCUAGAUCUCGAGAGUGAAAAUGAGAUAGAGAUAAAGUGUAUGGGAGAAGCGGUGAUCCCAACGCUGACGCUUUACAAUUUAGUGGAUCUAUGGCUCCAGAAAAGUUCAAACCACCAACGGUUUGCUGCAUUGGUAGGUUCUUCUGCAAAGGAUUUUACGAUGGUUCUUGUCUAUGCUCGGAAGCUACCAGAGUGCAACAUGUAAAGGACUUUAAAGACUCAUGUUGUUGCAGAAGAAGAUUCUGUGGAGACAGGGUAAUCUUUUCUUUUCGGUUUAUGGAAUCUCUCAAAGCAUUACAAGAGAGAACAUUACUAGAACUACAGGAGCAGUCGAAUGUGUUGUGAAAUUAGUAUUAAUAUUUUUUUCUAUAGACGAAAUAUACACUCAUGAGUCGCUUUUCUGUGCAAGAAAAUACAAAAUUUGUUUCCCUUUUCUUUCUUCUUCUUCUACUAUGUGUCCUCUCUGGACUUGCAUGUAACAUUGUUGUCACUUUCUAAUCAAAUGUUGUAGUUUAAGAUGUUUUAGAUUGAUUUAUAUGCAUUUAUU